AUGGCCGACUACGUGUACAAUGGUUUCUGGUUCAGUCCCGAGGCAACGUAUGACCGUAAAUGCAUCAAGUUGGCCGAGCAGCGCGUCUCCGGAAAGGUCACCGUGGAACUGGCCCCUGGAUAUUGCCGUGGAGUAUCGAUGAACGUCCAUGGCGGCUAUGUGCCGCAGGAUGCGGUCCGAGUCAAAGCCGAAGCAGAAAAAACUAAUAAUUUCUCUUGGAAUGGGGGUUAGUUUUGGUUCUAUUAAUGAGAUUAUGAUAAGAAAGUUUGCCAGAUAGUAGACAU